AACCUGCUAAUCACCUCUUAUCCUUUCCAAUGGAGGACGGAUGAAGGAAGGCAGGAGAAGGAGGAAUCAGGGAGCACACAAAAAAUAUACAAGCAAAAAGUGGAACGAUCUCAGUGGCUUCAUCCGUGUUAGUCUAGUGCUUUUGGUGUGGUUGCAUACAGAAGCUUAUAUUCAGUCUUUUAGCCCUAAUCUCAUCCCUCUCUUCUCGGACCUGUUCCUUUAACUAAAGUUUGAGCCGUAGAAUGGCACAGAAGGGCGAGAGAGCACCUUCCACAGACAGUGCUAUAGCUGAAGGAGUUGCUCUUAAACCCAGCCUACGAAAGACAUCAUCAUCAUCAUCAUCAGAUACAGUGAAGAAAACAAAAACCAAGAAAUCUAAUGAAGAAGCCAUGAAUAAGAUGUACACAAACCUGCUUAAUAAUGUGUUUGGACAGGAAAGAGAAUUAUCCCAGCCUGAAUUAGAUGAGCUGGCCGAGGCGUUUAAGGAGUUUGAUUAUGACCAGGAUGGAUAUCUGAACUACAAAGACCUGGCAGAGUGCAUGAGGACGAUGGGCUACAUGCCUACUGAGAUGGAGCUACUGGAAAUCAUUCAGCAGAUCAAGAUGAGGUUGGGUGGACUGAUGGAUUUUGAUGAUUUCUGUGAGCUGAUGGGACCGAGGAUGAUGGUUGAGACGGCUCAUAUGUUGGGACUGAAAGAACUCAAGUGUUCCUUUAAACAGUUUGAUACAGACGGGGAUGGAAAGAUCACUCUAGAUGAGAUGAAGGAGGCAGUAAAAACAUUACUGGGUGAGAAACUCAAAAAAGGAGAGCUGGAGGAGAUAUUGAAGGAGAUGGAUCUGAAUGGAGAUGGCACUGUGGACUUUGAUGAGUUUGUUAUGAUGCUGUCCGCCCAGUAGAUGUCACUACGGACUGUUUUACCUUCUCUCACCAUCCACAGUUCUUGUACUUCCUAUGCUUGUGAUGGCUGUAUUCACAAUAAAACUCUUCAGUAGAUCCUAUCUGUCAAAAAUUAGCUUGUGUACAAAAGAUAUAACGUUAAUCAUACUGUACGCAAAUAUUAUAUGUACGGAAUUAAAUGGUAUUAAAAU